CAACAGGCGCAGAGCUGAUACGCAAUCUUCCUUCCUUGGCACUCUUUCUGAAAAUGAGUCGUGAAUCCUCUCGCUCGGCUAAUUCAGGCCAAAGAUCAAAGAGAAGCCUCAACAGUUCCAAUUAUUCAAAUAAUAGCAAUAGCAGUAACAAGAAGAGCAAAAUCUCCAAUCAGAAAACCCUAGGGAUGGCCUGGGGCGCCAAUUCCCUCUCCUCCUCUCGUUCCUCCUUCCGCACUUCUCCUUUCUCUGAUUUUGGCAGUUAUAUGGUGGAGAAGAACAGGAAACUUCAAAACCAGUUCAAUGCGGAGGCUUCAAAUUCUUCUCAUGGUGGUUCCAGUUCUGAGAAGCCGAUAUUUGAUGGGGUUUCCAUAUUUGUUGAUGGUUUCACAAUUCCUUCUAGACAGGAACUGCGUGGCUACAUGUUGAAGUAUGGGGGGCGAUUUGAGAAUUACUUUUCCAGGCAUCGUGUUACACAUAUCAUCUGCUGCAACCUUCCUCACGGCAAAAUAAAGAACCUGAGGUCUUUCAGUGGUGGGCUGCCAGUAGUUAAACCUGCGUGGAUUUUAGAUUCUGUUGUUGCUAGCAAACUUUUGAGUUGGGUUCCUUACCAACUUGAGCAGCUUGCUGAUAACCAACCAAAGUUGUCAGCUUUCUUUGCUGUUAAAAACACACCAGUUGCUGAGGAUGCUUUGAAUGUUAUGGACCCAUCUUUGAAAGGUGGCACAUCACAGGAUGCAGGCUUAUUUGUUGUGGGUGAUCCUGUGAAAGAAGGAGAGCAAAUUGAUGGACAAUUUGGGGAUCAUGAUUGUAAGAUUGAGGAGCCAAGUAGCAGUAGUGGAAAAUCUUCUGAAGUGAGGAUGGUAGAACCAACUGAUACGGAAGAUGAAAGCAGUGUAAACAAUGAAAUUCGCUCUAGAUCCUGUCCAUUGUCUGUGUCAGUCAGAAUUGACUGUUUAGAUAAUCAAAAUGUGAGAAAAUCACCAACUCCGUCAAUUGCUGGGCCUUCUAAUCCUCAUCAUUCAACUCUUGAGGAUCCCAAUUUUGUGGAUAAUUACUUUAAGAGCUCAAGAUUGCACUUUAUAGGAACCUGGAGAAAUCGGUACCGCAAGCGUUUUUACCCCUUAUCUAAUGAGUUUAGGUGUAGAAGCGCUUCUACUGUCAAUGCUUCUGAUAAUUCCCAGAAAACUACUAUCAUCCAUGUUGACAUGGACUGCUUUUUUGUCUCGGUUGUCAUCAGGAACCGUCCUGAGUUACAAGAUAAGCCUGUAGCUGUGUGCCAUUCAAACAACCCAAAAGGAACUGCUGAAAUUUCCUCUGCAAACUACCCUGCCCGAGAAUAUGGAGUUAAAGCUGGAAUUUUUGUUAGAGAUGCCAAAGCUAUUUGUCCACAUCUUAUCAUUUUUCCAUACAACUUUCAAGCUUAUGAAGAGGUAGCUGAUCAGUUUUAUAAUGUCUUACACAAGCACUGCAGCAAAGUGCAGGCAGUAAGCUGUGAUGAAGCAUUUUUAGAUAUCACAGAUUUGGGAGAAAUAGAUCCUGAGGUUUUAGCUUCAACAAUAAGAAAAGAAAUUUUUGAGACUACAGGAUGCAAAGCUAGCGCUGGAAUAGCUGGGAAUAUGCUCAUGGCUCGCCUAGCUACUAGAACUGCAAAACCUGAUGGUCAAUACUACAUCCCUCCUGAAAGGGUGGAUGAGUAUUUACAUGAACUUCCAAUUAAGGCACUUCCAGGAAUAGGGUAUGUUUUAGAGGGGAAGUUGAAGAAGCAAAAUAUUUCAACUUGUGGACAAUUGCGCCUGAUUUCUAAGGACUCUCUUCAAAAGGAUUUUGGUUUGAAAACUGGAGAAAUGCUCUGGAAUUAUAGCAGAGGAAUUGAUAAUCGGCUAGUUGGAGUUAUUCAGGAAAGUAAGUCUGUUGGUGCUGAAGUAAAUUGGGGUGUGAGGUUUAAGGAUAUGCAAGAUAGCCGGAAUUUCCUCUUAAACCUUUCCAAGGAGGUUUCGUUACGCUUGCAGGGAUGUGGAGUGCAAGGGCGGACCUUUACCCUUAAGAUAAAAAAGAGAAGAAAAGAUGCUUUGGAGCCUACGAAGUAUAUGGGUUGUGGGGAUUGUGAGAAUCUGAGCCACUCAAUGACGGUUCCUGUUGCUACUGAUGAUGUUGAAGUGCUUCAAAGGAUAGCAAAUCAACUCUUUGGGUCUUUCCACAUAGAUGUCAAGGACAUUCGUGGUGUAGGCUUGCAAGUUUCCAAGCUUGAAAAUGUAGACAUUUCUAAGCAAGGACUUGAAAGAAAUUCUUUAAGAUCAUGGCUCACCUCCGCCUCAACAGCAACAAGAGGACAAGAUAGCAUCAAUAACAUAUAUAAUGAGAGAACUAAUAUAGUGCCACCUUCCCUUUAUGAUCUUGAUAUGGGAGUUAUUGAGAGUCUUCCUUCGGAACUCUUUUCAGAACUAAAUGAAAUUUAUGGGGGGAAGUUAGUAGAAUGUAUCGCUCAAAGUAAAGGCAAAAGGGAAGAUAGCAGUGGUUCUUCACGCAUCCUAUAUCAUGAACGAGAAGAAGGGACAACAGGUUGUGGUGAGGGACCUCUUGCAUCUAAUAUUUUUCCCCCAAACAUGAUAUUGGUGGAACACACGGCAAAGCAACAUAUAUCUGAGCAAUCACCAUCAGCACCACCUGUUUCUGGUGCUGGAUCCAAUAAUGAGGCCUAUCAAACUGCAGGCCUUGUAAACAUUGAUUUAAUGCCCUCAUCUCUAAGCCAGGUUGAUACCUCAGUGUUGCAGCAAUUGCCUGAAGAAUUGAGAGCUGAUAUUCUUGAACUGCUUCCUGCACACAGGAGACGAGAAGUAAUUUCAACUUCAUCCUUUGUCCCUGUUACAGAAAAUGCCCAGGAACCAUUAAAGAUUGCUGAGAAUCAAUCCAUAUCUGUUAACUCCAUUCUGAACAGUGAUCUUUGGAGUGGAAAUCCUCCACAGUGGGUUGAUAAGUUCAAAGUUAGCAAUCACUUGAUACUAAGAACUUUGGCUGAGAUGUAUUACAAAUUGGGUUCAACUGGAAAUUUAUCUUCUAUACUGCAGCGUGCAAUUUCUGACUGUCUAUAUAUUCUGGAUGAAAGUGAUGAUAGUUGGGCUGAUGAAGCUAGUCAUUACUUGUGUGAACUUCUCAAACAGUAUAUUGAAAUAAAGAUAGAAUUUGACGUAGAAGAGAUUUAUUUAUGUUUUCGUCUUCUUAGAAGGUUUACAAAAAAGUCAAAAUUCUUCUUGCAAGUAUAUAAUAUUGUCUUUCCAUAUCUUCAGUCGUCUGUUGGAGAUCAUUAUGGAGGACAUUUGCAUAUUUCACCACAUGAGUAGUGCUUCUUUUGAUGGGAUUCCUCGCACAAUUACACAGAUAUUUUCCAUCGAGUUUCAUGCGUAGCAACUUAAGGGAAGAGUUACCAUCUAGUGAUUGCUAUUGUCAUCCCAACUUUGAGUUAGCAAUGAUUACUAAUUCAAAAGUUCAUAUCAAACAAAUUUGCUUAUCAUGGUUUUUGGAUUCCUUUUUCAAGUUUAAAAAGAGGAAUGGAGUUAAUGAUCCUCUGCAUGUUUCAGAAUGGAGAUGGACUUCUGUGCUUCAGGUUAACAUGGCACAUAACUGGUUUUUCAGUUGCAUGUUUUGGUCUUGAAAGUUGAAAUGCAUUGCACUUGUUCCUUUUGGAUUGAUGAUGGUGCUUCUUUCCCAGUCUAUAUCAAAGAAUGGCAAAUAUAUAUGUACAAGGCUUUCCUGGAAUGAGAAUAAACAGUUGGAAGGUGCCUUGUGAAUCCCAGAUAGGCAUUGCAGUUCUAUUGCGAAAUUGCUUAUGACAUAUCGAAAUUGCAAUACUGUUAGUAGUCUCAUAACUAUGGUGCAUUCCGUUGGGGUGAUAGGCAAUGCCUCGGCAAAGCCUUACUUUGAAAGCAGCAUUUGUAUUCUUGGCAUAAAUCCUCCCAGUUAUCAGUGAUUAACGGAAAAGCCAGAUUGGAAUUUAUUGCGCUGUGGUUAGUUUGGAAUUAGUAAGCACAAUGGGGACUCCUAAUUGUUGGCUUUCGGAAGCAGUUUUGAGUACCUGAUGGAAUUGAUUUAUAGGCAGGAUCUCUAAUAUGAAUUUAAAAUAUUAAGAGCUGCUGGGUUGAUGUAUGAUGUUGCGCAGCAGUACAUGUAGAUAGGAACAUUGCCUGCAUGACAAUUUGGACUGCAUUGAAGCAACCAGCUAUCUAGUUCUUGGUAAUGUUUUUUCGUCUGAAUUUUUGACUUCUGACACAGCGUUUUAUUGACAGUGUACCACUCAAAACAUUAAAACCCUAUAAUCUCCACUUUUACCUUUGAAAUAACAAAGAUUAGAUAGACAGCAUCAUGUGUUAGAGCAAGCAAUCUCUCGGAUAAUCUAUCUGUUUUCUGUCAUUAAGGCCGAAUGUUGCAAUUGAAGCUGAUGCCCAAGUCCUUGGAUCGGACGCUACUGCUUGUUCCUCCACUUUGAAGAUGGAACUUAACCAACUUAAGUGUUCAUGACCUUAGUUCGUUUGCUUCUCAUAUCUUGCUUUGUUUAAGUCAAAACCAUCAUUAAAGAGAAAAUGAAUAGGAAGUUUGAAUGUUCCUCCCUUUUUUUUUUCAUACUACUUUAAAUAUCUUGAGACUUGGUGGUUAACUUCAUGUCUUGCCCUCUUCCACUUAUUCAAUUCUAUUUCCCAGAGUUCUACUUA